AUGCAUCAUUUCUUUGGCAACUUUGGAGUUGGAGAAACAGAGGUGGAUCUUCAUUGUGACAACUGCAGUGGGCAGAACAAGAACAACUUCAUGCUCUGGUACCUUGCCUGGCGGGUUGGACACAAGCUUCACGAUAAAAUUGAAAUCCACUUCCUUAUUGCUGGCCACACCAAGUUUUCCCCUGACUGUGGCUUUGGACUCAUCAAGCAAGCCUACAUGAAGACAAGAGUCAACACUUUGGCAGACAUCGCUGAGGUUGUGGAAAACAGCUCUCCUGUGAGUCACCUCAAUAUCCCACAGCUUGUUGGAACGGCAGAGGGCAAAGUUUUAGUCCAGACCUUCGACUGGCAGCAGCAUCUGACUCGCCACUUCCGUAGACUCCCACAGAUCAAGAGUUAUCAGCACUUCAGCUUUGAAGCCAAGAGACCAGGUGUGGUGCUUGCAAAAGUCACCGUGAUGCACAACCUGUCGAAUAUCAGCUACUGCUGCGACGGAGCAGAUCUGCCCCCUGUCGACGGUCUUCCUGUCCUGGCCCCACCUGGACUGAAAAUUGACAGGCAGACCUAUCUAUAUGAAAAAAUCAGGCCAUUCUGUGCUGACGAGGCAAGAGACAUCACAUGCCCAGCGCAAGGGUCACAACACAGAAGAGUCCACAGAAGAGGAUGCGAAUGUAAUUUCAUUGGACUGUGUCACAAAGACUUUUUCUUGUUUACAACACCUGCAAUGUCACUUUAUCAACCAACCACCUGA